UCUACUCGGAACCAAAGGUCAGGUCACGGGGAGCCAUGCGAACGUCUUCGUAACCUAACGGAAACGUGUUGACAAGUGACAGUUACGUAAAAAUCUGCGUCGGUGUUUGUGGCUGGAAUAUCAUGUCGAAUUUCAAAGUCAUGUUGCACAGAAUAUUUAGCAGUACAUCGCGGCGUUCACAGGAGCAGCUGCUCGCAAAAUUGCAAACGGUUGCAAAAUUGACGGGUGGGGUAUGGUCAAAAUCAUGUGUGCGAUUGUUCAAUGACAAACUUGCAGCUAUGAAAAACAUUGGUUUGCAAUGUAAUGUGAUAGCAGCUCACAGAAUUAGACGGUCGGGUCAAAUUUUGAGACUUUAUCACACUUUGUAUGGAAAGACUUCCCCUGUGCAGUUUUUCAGGAAACUAGGAGAAUUGAUGAAGAAGAAUCCUGAGGGAAAGAUGUUUUUCCUUCUUGGUGCAGCCUUUUUUGACUGGAAUGAGAACAGGGUAUCAGACCCUGAUCUCAAUAGAGCUGCUGAUGAAUUGAAAGCAUUUUUUGACCUCAAGAUCACUGACUACCAUGAUAAGCAGGGAGAAACAUGGGAGAAAGUUCAUGAUGAAGAUCACUUUAAACUGUGGAGAUGUCCAGUAGCUGGGAGCUCAUUGUACAAGUACAAAGUUUUUGGAAGUUACAAAGACAUUCCUGCAAGGGCAUUUUUUAAUAUACAGCUGGACCUGGAAUACAGGAAGACGUGGGAUAGCCAUGUGGUUCGGCUGGAGAAGAUAGAGGAAGAUGAAGAAACUGGUUCUGAAGUUAUAUACUGGGCUACACAAUUUCCACUUGGUUUUCUGUACAACAGAGACUAUGUGUAUGUGAGACGGUCUAAGAUUGAUCAGAAGAACAAUCUUAUGAUGUUGACAGCCAAAUCAGUGGACCAUCCUUCAUUCCCAGUGACCAAGGAUUACAUCAGGGUGGGCCAGUACACUUCAAACAUGUUGAUACGACCACACAGAUCGUUUGACGAGAACGGGUUUGAUUAUGUGAUGUCGUAUUAUGAUGACCCACAGCUGUAUGUACCUACUUGGGCUAUCAACAAGAUGACAUUGUCAAGUUUACCAUCAUUUUUAGAGACUUUACACAAAGCUGCGAGGCAGUUGAGCCAUACGAAAGGUUAUAUAUCCAGGUUUCAUCCCGAGGACUCUGAAAAGACUGGCACUGUGCAUAGCUGUUGAGAACAGAUUUGAAUGUGUUGGUCAUGUCAAUGAGUGUGUGUGUUUUAGAUUUGUUGAUGGAAGACAAUAUACAUUGUACUGUCAAAUUGGUAUUGAAAAAAACACUCUCCCAGCGGGAGAGCCAGAUAGUUGCCUUUCAUUUGCAGAUGUACUUUGGUAACAGGUUGAAUUACACCACACAGUAACACAUACCUAGUAUUGACAUUGGAAACGAAACAGGUGGUCAUAAGAUGUGUGUGGUCACUACACACUUUUGGUUUCUAGCACUUUUGUCUGUAUUUAAUGCUGAAAGUGAAAGUCUUCAGUACUAUUUAAUAUUCAAUUAGAUAGAUUUGCAAUAUACAGGAACUCUUCUUGUUGGUUCAAAACCUGGCUUGGGGUGUAGUGAAGCCAUUCUAGCUGGCUUGCAUAAGGUCAGUGGUUCUAUCCAGUUGCCAGCCCAUGCCAGAAGAGGCACCUCAGGAUUUCCUCCAUCAAAAAUUUGAAAAUCGUGGUAUAUGGCUUAUGUUGAGUCAGUGUGCUGUAAAUCCAGUGAAAAAAAAAAACAAUGAGAAAGAAAGUUUUUCUUUAUAUCGGGCAAGACAAGUGUUCACAGGAUGCUUUGAUAGGAGUAAUUCAACCUGUACUGCUAGUGAUAUUGAUUGAUUGGGAAAGGAGAACCUAUUCAUAUUGCUCAGGAAUACAAGACUGCUUAUUAAGUCAACUGGCUGGGUUACAUUAUAACUGAUAUACUAUUUGAAAAUCAGGUUAAACAGUAUUAUGGUGAAGGUGAUAAUCUUCCUUAGAAAGAUGGAGAUAUAAAUGUACAAGGCAGGAAUUUUUUAGCAUCACAUGAAUUAAGGUAGCGGACCUGUUAUGGUAGUUGGCAAUUUAUAUAUUCUAUAUUAUAUGAUUUCAGCAUUUUCUGGGUUUUAUGGUUUUACAGUGUUCAUGGCUGAAGAAUUACAAUUGUCAAUUGAUUAAUGAGAAGUUCAGACUGAAAAUAUGCAUGGGCACAGUGUGAUAUUUUUUACCAUCAAAGUGCUGUAUACAAAUUUUGGUACAUUUUUAGCUCGUUUGAUUUUUGAAAAAAAUCUGCGAGGUAUUGUCAUCACUAGAUUGUCGGCAUCAGGUGUCUGUAUUGGUUAAAAUUUUUGUUAAGGUCCACCUUUUUAGCUCACCUGUCA